AUGCCGACGCCGAACAACCGGCAAAAAUGGAAGUUAACAUCGCUGGAUCAGCUUCAAAUGCCAAUUUACAUAGGCGUUAUGUUCUCCUAUAGAGAUAAUGCUGAGAACCCAGGAGUUGAUAUUUCUCAAAGGCUUCUCCAAAUGGAAGAGUCACUUUCUGAAACCCUAACACUCUUUUAUCCUAUGGCAGGGAGGUAUAUUGAGGAUGAUGGUUGUUUUAUUGACUGUAACGACCUUGGAGUUGAGUUCGUCCACGCCAAAGUGGGUGGCCAGAUUGAUAAGCUUCUCCAUGGAGAUCCCGACAUUGAUUUGCUCCAAUGUUUGUCGAAGUACCCGACCGAUGUAGCCGGCAAUCCGUUAGUUGUGAUCCAAGCGAAUACGUUCGAGUGCGGCGGAUUAGCGAUUAGCAUGCGCUUUACACACAAGAUCGGUGACAUGUACACCAUGGCCAUGUUCAUCAAUUCGUGGGCUACCGCUUGCCGAGGUAAUGCAGACGCGAUGGUCCAUCCUAGUUUCGAGCUGUCAUCUCUAUUCCCAGUAAAAGAGUUGGCGGUUCCGAUUUUGAGUCCACGACGUAUUGGCAACCAGGAGCUCAUCAUGAGCAGGUUGAGGUUCAACGCCGAUGCUUUAUCGAAGCUGAAAGCCUUAGCUAGGGACAAUGCAAAGGACUCGAUGGCCAACGAUUCCCAGCCUUCAAGGCUGGAGGUUGUUUCGGCACUACUAGGUAGGGCUUUCGUCAAUAUUUGCCGAAAUAAACAUGGCGAACAAAGGACUUUCUUAGUUUGUAUGCCAGUUAACUUGCGUGAGAAGAUCAAUCUGGCGAUACCCACGAAUUCUUGUGGCAAUCUUUUCGCCAUCGUGUGGACGCGAUCUGGUCAACCAACGGCCGGAAAAAUUGAGUUGGAGUUCAACGGAAUGGUGAAUGUAAUGCGCGAUAUGAUAGCGGAUGCCAAAACAAAGUACGCAACAGUAGUAGACGGGGAUGAGUUAUGCUCAAUGGUGGGCAAUUCUCUAGCCGAGUUUGUCAAAAUUCUUGCCAGAGGCGAAGAUUGUCUGUUUGGUUUUAGUAGCUGGUGCCGGUUGGGGCUAUACGAGAAUGACUUCGGGUGGGGAAGACCGGUUCUCGUGAGCAACACACCGUCGAAUUUUGUAUCGAUUUUUCUUAUCGACGAUGAAGAGAGCGGAGGAAUCGAUGCAUGGAUAACCGUUGGCAAAGAUGAGAUGAUUCUUCUUAAACAAGAUCCGGAGAUUCUGAAAUUUACUUCCUAG